CAUUCUUAAUUCAUAUAUAUAUAUAUAUAUAUAUGAAGACGUACCAAUACUCUCAAAUUAAUCAUCUUUAUAUCCAUCAUAAAUUUCAUAUCCUCCGUGUUCCGUUCAGCCAUGAAUUGUGAGUCAAAGCAGCAAUCUGUUCAUCCUCUUCUCUUAUGCCCUUAUGCAAAUUUUAAAAACAAGGAAGACGAGUUUCGAUGGAUACAUUUCAGAGAGUCACCAACUCUUCCCAAUGCCGACAAGUCUACAUUAUCAUCUUUGUCACACAUCUGUUCCUUAGAUUUGUGCAACAGCAAAGACGGUACAUAUGACGAGGUCUCAUGCCAGAUUUGUGAGAAACCUUUGGUCGGUACUUUAUUUUAUUCCUGCAAAGAAUGUCUUGGCGAAUUUCCAAUUGCUUUAACCUACUACCACAAAGAGUGUAUGGAGCUGAUACAAAAUCACCCGCAUCAUCCAAAACAUUCUCUCCGACUUCAAGCUAAUUAUUCGACCCAUAAAACUUGUGCUUACUUGCCAUCCAUCAUAAGAAUAUCACGUCAUGAACACCGCCUCUCUUUCACUUCUUCGCUAACUCCUGAAAAAUGGUUGUGUGGAGUGUGUCGUGGAAAGAUAGACACAAAUUAUGGAAGAUAUUAUUGCGUCAAAGGUUGCAGUUAUGGUGUUCAUUCUAAAUGUGCAACCAGAAAAGAUGUAUGGGAUGGAAAAGAACUUGAUGGACAACAAGAAGAUCCAUAUGAAGAAGAUAUUACUAAGUCGUUCGAUGAGAUAAGUGAUGGAAUUAUACAACAUUUCAGUCAUCAAAAUCAUCAUAUGAGACUCGACGAUGAGACCAAUAGAAAAUUUGACGAGAACAAACGUUGUCAAGCAUGCACACUUGCUAUCUGUGAUGAAAUUAUUUACAGCUGCAUGCAAUGUGAUUUUACCCUCCAUCAAGAAUGUGCCCAUCUUUCUCGUAAGAAACAACAUGCGACGCAUCCUCAUCCAUCCCCUUAGGCUACAAGUGGAUGAUAUAGAGGAUUCAUUCAUAUGUAAAGCUUGUAAGCGUGAAAGCAAUGGGUUCGUAUACUUGUGUUGUGAGGGGAGGU